AUGGUGAGCCCCUACCCAUCACCAACAGCACUCCCUCCGCAUGAGGGAUUUGAGCAGAGAGGGGGACAUCCAUGCGCAGGGCUCCUGGCACAGCCCGGCCAACCUCACAAUGACCGGUCCUGGUUCGCCGGCGGAGGCCGCGGAGCCCCCGGCACUGCUGCAGCAGGGCCGGAAGCUAAGGCCACAGAGUCAGCCUGCGGUCCCCGCUCGGGACCCUGGUCACCCAAAACGCCCCCAUGGGCUCACGUGUGCUGGUCACCCUGGACCACGUGCUGUCACCUCCUGGACUUGAGGACUCCCCGGCCCCAGGGGCCCCAGGCGCUAGGAGAGGAGGGGGCCCAGGGCGCAGAGCGCGGCGGCUGGAGAACGAAGGGCUACCAGGCCGGGCCACUUGUCUGCUCCGAGGCUCCGGUUCCUGUCCCGCACCUGGGGACGCCCGGUGGGACCCGGUUCUAA